AUGGAAGAACAACCACAAAAACAGCAACAGCAACAACAACAGCCCCAGUCACCCGAAUAUGAAAUGUCUGUUGAUAAUCCGGAUGAAGAUGAACUUUGGUUGAGUGGUCAUCGAUCUAUAUUCUCAUCUUAUGGAAGUUGUUGUCGUAAAGCACCACCACAACUUCGUGAUAGUCAAUACGAAGGCUUUCAUUGGGAUUUAUAUGAAGAUCGUAAUUAUCAUCAUCUUGCUUUUGAACAAGAACAACAAGAAAUUCCUGCUCCAUGUCAAGCAACAAGUCUUUCUGAAUGGUCAAUGCGUUUAAGUUCAGGUGUUAUCGGUGGUGGAGGUGAUACUGAAGAUGAUGCCGAUGUUGAAGGUGAUGAUACAACCUCAUCGUCUGACCCACCACGUACAUCAUGGCAUGCUAUAAAAUCAAAAUCUAUUCAUCGAAGUUGUUCAUCAUCAUCAGCUAAUACAUCAGAUGCGAGUGGUCAUCGAUCACGUAGUCCACUAACAUUAUAUCGUUUAUUUCAACGUACAAGAUCUCAACAACACCCGUGUCGUUUAUAUCAAAAUUUUAGUGAUAAAAGUAUAUGUGAUUCAUUAACAUCAUCAUCUUGUUCAAAUUUAAAUAAAUUAAAUGAAUCAAUGAAACAAGAAUAUAAAAUACCAAUACCAAGAUUUAAAUUAAAAAGUCCAACAACUUUUUCACAAUUAAAAUUAAAUAAAUCCAGUAGUCAUAAUGAUCUCUCAUCAUCAACGGAACAGUCAUCAACAAAAAGUAAAGACCAUUUCAAGGUUUCUAAUCAAAUUGUUGCACCACGACAUAGUGUUGAUCAAUGUCUUCAAACAUCUAUACAUGUUGACAAUAAUCUGUCAUCUCAACCUAAAUCAACACGUCGUUUUAUUCCACGAUCAACUUCUCGACCUAUAAACACAGACAAUCAUUGUUUGCAAACAGACAAUGGAUCCGUAACGCGUUCGAAAAGUGUUGAUCGUUUAUUGAAUAAUAAUAGCAAUAAUCCUAGUCAACCAUCAAAACUUCCAUCUUCAACAUCUCAUCCAUCAUUACCAACGAUUUCAUCUUUGCCAGAUCUUAGUUUUCUUGUUUACUAUGCGAAAGAAAAUCCAGCCCCGCCACCACCACCACCAUCUACACCUACAAUUCAAACAACACAUUUUCAAUCAGGAAUGAAAACAACAUUAUCUGAACCAUCAUCAUUAACAAAAAAAAGGAAUACGUACUGUAUUCUAUUGUAG